CUCCAUCCUGGCCGGAGAUCAUUAGGGAUCUUCAGACGCAGGACACUGACUUCGAAGUUCGAAACGUACAGAAACGAGGGGAUGGGAACCAACUCGCAACAAGAAAAGUGGAAACAAAGCUUACAUCUUUUUGCAUCUGCGGCUUGCCUUGUUCUUCUCAUCAAUAUUAGUUUCCUGGCUUGGGCGGCUUCAAAGGGAGGAAUCCGUGGUGGGAAGGGGGUCCUCUAUGAUUCCUCCUGCCCUCAGGUCAGACGAGCGAACAUCGGGAUUCAUCUCCUUAUCAACAUUUUAAGCACCAUCUUACUCGGAGCAAGCAAUUACUGCAUGCAAUGUCUUGCCGCGCCAUCUAGGUCAGAAAUUGAAACGGCCCAUAAAAAUGGGGGUUACCUUGACAUAGGCAUCCCCAGCCUUCACAAUAUAGGGUCUGCAUAUCUAGACUCUAGAAAGAAGGCUCUCUGGUGGAUCUUGGGGCUAUCUUCUCUUCCUCUGCAUUUAUGCUACAACUCCGCCGUGUUCUCUUCGACAUCGGCUCAAACAUAUGGAGUCUUUCAAAUCGGCCCAAAAGUCAUGGGGGCUCUCAACGGCAACACAUAUAACAUCUCUGACCAAACCGUUGGUGGCGAUGCCAAACGCGAAAUUUUCUCACUCUACCUCUCAGCAACUCAAAAGAGUACCCUGGAGCAGUUGGAUAAUAAAGCCUGCAUCAACGCUUAUAGCCGAAUUUUUCAAUCCACUAAAGGGAACGUUUACCUUGUCCCAGUAAAUAAUACUCCCGACGUACGCGAUCUUACAUAUGAAUAUCCCACGACUGAACGAUCUACCGGUUGCGGUAGCCAAGUAGGAAACGAAUGGAUCGUGAACCAGUUCCUCGCGGGCGGCUGUCGGAAUCAGAAUGCCCACAUCUACCUCCCACUUCUGCAGGCGAAUGCAUCGGAUUGGAGACCGUUAGGUGCUCGAAUCGACCACUGCCUUAGCGAGCCGGCGAAAGAGCACUGCAAGCUGCAGUUUAGCGCUCAUUUAAUCAUUAUUGUUAUCGUCUUCAAUAUUCUCAAAACGGCUGUGAUACUUUUGACCGCCUUUUGGUUGAAGCAGACACCCCUCCUUACGGUUGGUGAUGCGGUUUCCUCUUUCCUUCAGCAACCAGACCUUUCAACGGCGGACAUGUGUCUUGUUUCACAGAAGGAAGUCUGGGGCUCACGCGCGGAUUGGAGAGCGCAGAAGUUGUGGAGGCAAUAUACUGGUGUUGGGAGCCGCUGGUUCUCUGCGGUGAAGCGGGGGAAGUUGAUCACUUGCAUCAUUGCGCUGUUUAUCGGUAUCAUGGUAAUGACGGCACUUCUAGCAUGGGGAUAUUCAGCAAUCCCAGGAACAAAGGACUUCAAAAGUGUUUUAAGCAGUGGCUUAGGAACCUUAGACUCCAGGACGAUCAUCCAGAGUGGAACUACCUCUACAGGGACACGCGGUAUUUUCCAAAACGUUUUCCUCGCCAACGCACCUCAAGUUAUCAUCUCGAUCAUCUACUUCUCAUACAACGCUGUCAUUACCUCGAUGCUCUUAGCCUACGAAUGGGACGGAUACUCAAAAACCCGCAAAGGCCUCCGAGUAUCAACGAAGCAGCAAGGAGCCCAACGUAGUACCUACUUUCUACAGCUGCCAUACCGCUACGCUGUUCCGUUGAUGGUCUUCUCCACCGUCAUCCACUGGCUAGCUUCGCAAAGCAUCUUCGUUGUCAGUGUCGAGCUUUACAACAUGUUUGGCGAGCACAGAGAAAGAUAAGAUUUCGUUAGCUGCGCAUACUCUCCCGCCGCAAUUCUGUUAACAAUUUCUUUUGCGUUUGUGCUUGUCGUGUUUCUCGUGCUUGUCGGUCUUAAGAAAUUGGGGCCGAUGCCGGUGGUGGGUUCUUCCAGUGUAGCUCUCGCGGCGUCGUGUCAUGCGAAGCCAGGAGAGAAUGAGCCGUGGUUGAAGACUCUCCAGUGGGGCGCAUUUGAGGAGUCAUCGCGAGAUGAAAAUGGGGUUUUAGUUGGACAUUGUGGGCUUUCAAGUUUAGAGGUUGAGGUGCCGAGUGUGGGGGUGUUGUAU